CGUUGUGAGUGACGGUUGUUGUUGAUGAUUCAUGAUAACACAAGCAUUUACCAGGUCUUUUAGUAAAUUUAGUUACCAUCUACAUAAAGAGAUUUCCAGAAAGUUCAUUUCAAUAAUGCCAAAACCCAUUGUAAUAAGUGGACCUUCUGGGAGUGGAAAGAGUACCCUUCUUACCAAACUAUUUGGAGAAUUUCCUAAUUGCUUUGCCUUCAGUGUUUCACAUACAACUAGAAAGCCCAGAUCAGGAGAACAACAUGGAAAAGACUACUUCUUUGUACCAAUGGAAGAGUUUGAAAAAAUGAUAGAUGAGGGUUCAUUUUUGGAACAUGCACAGUUUUCUGGCAAUAGAUACGGAACAAGUAAGAUGGCUGUGGACAUGAUCCAGAAAUCUGGCAGACUUUGUGUACUAGAUGUAGAAAUUAAUGGAGUGAAAAACAUUAAACAAACAGACCUAAAUGCUCAGUAUAUUUUUGUCAAGCCACCUUCAUUGGAGGAUUUGAGGAAAAGAUUAGAAAGAAGAGGCACAGAAACUAAAGAGUCCUUACAGAAACGCUUGGAUACCGCCCAGGAGGCACUGCAGUAUGCUGAGCAGCCUGGCUCCUAUGAUCACAUAAUUGUUAAUGAUGAUUUAAACACAGCAUAUGAGCAGUUGAAACAGAUUGUUAAAGAUGAUAUUAAUUCUCUGUCAAAUGGUACAGCUAAGCAUGAAUAGGAAACUAAAAUCUCUGAGGGGUAGUUAGCAAUAGUUCUAGUAAUAGUUCCAGGGACCAUUUAAUUUUCAUAGUAUAAGUAUAUUUUUUCAGAUCAGAUAUAUUUAUUCUUUUUUAUUCUAGAUUUUUAUCCCCCUUCUUAAGUAUUUUGUUAUUAGUUUCCAGAUCUGCCAGAUAUAUCCACAUUAGUUACAAUAUAUAAAUCAUACAUAUGUACAUGUACUACUGCUUUAUUUUUGUAAGACUAUGGCAUUAGAAUAAACUGAUUGUGACUAAUACUGAAAUUUUUCAGAAAGCAAUCACCAUUGUAUUUUGAAAAAGAAAAUGAUUGGUAUAUAUAUA